AUGAUAUGCAGCAGAUUAUCGGAGGUUCUUCCUCAUUUGAUAAGUCAAAACCAAGGUGCUUUUGUUAGAGGGAGAUCUUUAGCUCAUAAUAUUCUUAUAUUUCAAGACAUGAUUAAGAACUACAAUAGGAAGAAUUCUUCCCCUAGAUGUGCUCUAAAGAUUGAUCUGAGCAAGGCCUAUGACACAGUAGACUGGUGCUCAACAACAAGAGUUUCGAUACACCCUUUGUGUAAAGGCCUUAAGAUUAUAAAUCUUUGUUUUGUUGACGACUUAGUUAUAUUUUGCAAAGCUAAUAGUGGCUCGGUCCAUGUGGUCAAGCAGGUGUUUGAGGAGUUUUGUAACAACACUGGUUUGAGGGCUAACUCUAGUAAGUCCCAAGUGUUUUUUGGAGGGGUUUCGGUUGCUGUUAAGAACCAGCUUCUUAAGAUUGUUCAGCUUGAUGAGGGAACUUUCCCUCUUAAGUUUCUGGGGGUUCCAAUGCGUCCAACUAAAUGGAAAAUGGCUGACUUUGAUGACAUUCUUAAAAAAAUCAAGUUAAGACUUCACACCUGGGCAAGUAGACAUCUUUCUUAUGCAGGGCAGAUUCAAUUGAUCACUUCUGUUCUGUUGGGGCUGCCGAAUUAUUGGAUGAACAUUUUCUUACUCCCUCAAAGCAUUGUCAAAGAAGUUGAUAAACUUUGCUUGUGGUUUCUUUGGGGCAAUAACGGUACAAGAAGCAAUUUCCACCUCACUUCUUGGUCCACAGUCUGUUUGCCGGAAUGGUUUGGUGGGUUAGGUUUCGGUGAGGGAUCUAAGUGGAACAAAGCUAUGUUAGCCAAAUAUGUCUGGGCUAUCAAUAAUCAACCUGAAACUCUUUGGGUUAAAUGGAUCAAUUCAGUGUAUUUAAAAGGCCAAAGCUUCUGGCAAUACAAGCUAAAGAUUGACACCAGCUGGUAUUGGCGAAAAAUUUGUAUGCUGCGUGAUGUGUUUCCUCAAAAAGUUAUAGAUGCAGCUGUUAGACAGGGGAGGUUUAAAGUUGGCGUGUUGUAUUUGAACUGCAUACAGAAGGACCCGAUCAGUUACCAUAAAUUUGUCUGGAACAGAACUAGUGUGCCAAAGCAUAGAUUUAUCACUUGGCAAGCGGUGAAUGGGAGGUUAUUAACUCGUGAUCAUCUGAACAGAGUGCUUGUGCAGCUUGAUAGCCUACUCUGCCCAGUGUGUGAGAUUGAUACAGAAAACCAUGAGCAUCUUUUCUUUCGCUGCAAUUUUUCUCAGAGGGUAGUCCGACAAGUUCAUAGUUGGCUGGGGUGCACUUGGCCUUUGAAUUUCAGUGCUUGGUCUCAGUGGAUUGAAAAUAGGAGGAGGGAUGUUAUAGCUAUGAUUGUGGCAGCUUUCUUCUCAGCGACAGUGUAUUACAUUUUGUAUAAUCGUAAUUCUUGUUAUGUUAAUCACUUUUCUUAUAGUGUCAAUUGUAUAGUUGAUAGGAUUAAAAAGGACAUUAGUUACAGAUGUAAUUACUUUACUCAAAGGAAGCUGACAGGUAAAGAGAUGGUUUUUGUCAAGAAAUUAUCUUCUGUGUAA